UCUCUCUCUCUCAAAAAAAAAUUUAAAAAAAAUUUUUUUUAAGAACCGUGAGAUGGUGACCUGAGCUGAAAUCAGGAGUCAGAUGCUUAAACAACUGAGCCACCCAGGCAGUGGCUCAGCUUUUGUUCUAGAAUGGAACUGGGAAUACUUAGGUCCUAGGGGAAGGGGGCAGAAAGCUUGAGCCCUAACCCCAUGGUAGAUACUCUAGUUGUGUAAAUUGGGCCUCAUUUGUUUCCACAGGCAGCUUAUCUCUUAGAGCCUUAACUUCUUCGUCUAUAAAAUGGGAAUAAUGUCACCAACGUUGCAAGGUUCCUGUGAGGUUCCUCAAUAAAGGAGACAAAGCACAUAGUACAGGCCCUGGCAUGUAGGGGACACUCACUGAACGCUUGUGGGGUGAAUGCAGGUGCUUCAUUGAGGGGAUCGGUUAUAAAGGAUGGGUGAGGGCCAGAGGGAUAGUAAUAAAGGAAGAAGGUAUUGUCUACUAGAGCAAAGGUAUUGUCAGAGUGAGCAAAGGAAAAGAAGCAGAGGCUUACCCAUUGCUGCUGCGCUCAGGCAAGUGAAAGAGACAGAUUGGCUGGGACAGAGGCUGGGGGUAGGGGAGGUUAGGGAGAGCGGGCAGGGUAGAAAGGGGAGCCGGGGCUGAGUGUACAUGGGGAUCUCUGGAUCUGCCAGGCCAGAUGGCUGUUUUUGCCAGGCCUGCUCACGCUGCCUUGCACUUGACCUUGGUUCCCCUUCCUGCACAGCCCCUCAUUCUUGAUAGGCAGAGGCCAGCCCAGUGCGGCCUAGUGGCCAGGCAAGCUGAAGGCUCAAAAGAGGAAGCAUCAGAAUAAGAUUGGUUUUCAACUAAUAUCUUAUGAAGGAAGUUGAGUCAUUCUGCUUCUGCUAUGUGUCCCCUCUGGGCAUUCAGAAGAGGAUAAGUUUGUACUUCCAGAUGAAAUAGUCAUGACAGGGAUUUGCCCCGGUCUGCCUUGGUCCCGCAGUGGACAUUUCCAAGAUGACCCUACGAAACGGAGAUUUUUAUUUCCCUUUUAUAUACAGAGAACCGAGGCUCAGUGCGUUGAAUGCCUCAGCUACGGCUGGAAACGUUGACUCUGUGAUGCCAACACGGAGAAGUCCCAUUGUCUCAGUGAUGGCAUUUGUGAGCCAGGCGCAGGGCAAGAAAACGAACUCUGAUCCAACAUCUUCUGGGGGCCGGGCAGACCGCCUGGCGUGUCAUGUACGCUACCUCACCUGGUUCUCAAAACAAGUCGGGAGCAGCUACCAGAAGAAUCUGGGUGGUCUGCUCCAGGUUGAACAUGCAGGCUUGGAGACAGCCACGUGGGUCCAGCCCCACCUCUGCAGCUUGUAGCUGUGCGGCUGUUCUGGCAGGCCACUGACCUUCUCCAAGCCUCGGUCUUCACAUCUGAAAAUGAGGUCCAUAAGGGUAGGUGCUUAGUGAAUAUCGACAGUGUUGAUUCCGAAUCGGCCAUCCUGCCCUCCAACGAUCCUGACGAAUCAGUUGCAUCUGGUUGGGGAACAAAUCUAGUUGGGGAACUAGAAGGAACCUUGAAAGAUUUCCUAGGUCACUGGCUUUCAAGCUUUCUUCCUCAGAAGAGAGGACCUCGGCUUCCACGGAAAUCCUGGGUGGAUGAGAGAAAGCUGACCAUGUGGGGCUCCCGCCCGCCUUCUUUAGCGAGCACCUCUUUCUUAAUGUGAGCCACGUUAUCAUUUGCAUGCUUUUAGCUCUUUUAUAUAUUGGGCAUUGAGCUAGGAUUUCAUUUGACAAAAAUGGUCUCACUGCCUUUUUUUUUUUUUUUUUAAGUUGCCAAAGCUAGAACUCCUAUCCUCUAGUUCCUAGUCUGGUGUUUUUACUGUACUCACUAAAAGAGGGAACUGAAAUAUGAUACAUUUUAGAAAGGUUAUCAUCACUGAAGAUCAAAUUAAAGCAUAUUUUCGGGCCUUCCAGUUAAUCGGCAAUUCAUUUAGUCUAAACUCCUGUCCCAGGAUCCCAGGAACAGAAAUUUUGCUGUUGGAGAAAACAUUACUAUCCUAGCCUUAAAUACGAACUGUCUGUUAGGACUUUCUGCAGUGAUGGAGAUGUUCUCUAUCUGCACUGUCCAAUAUGAUAGCUAGUGUGACUGAGGAACUGAGUUUAAAUGUGAUUGAAUUUCAGUUGAUUUAAAUGUAGAGAGCCACAUGUGGCUGCCAUUUUGGACGGCACAGCCUUACAGUAUAGAGCAGGGGUCAGAUGGCAGUCUCUGGCCCCUUGGCAUCAGAAUCACCCAGAGAACUUGUCACAAGUACAGAUUCUGGGCUUAACGCCCAGCAACUGAUUCAGUAUGUCUGGGGCGAGUGCAUUUUAAAACUCAUCAGGCCAUUCUAACUUGCAGUCGGGUAGGAAACUGCUGUGUUUUUGAGCUCUUCCUUGACACGAAGAGCAAUGCCAAAAUCAGGCAUUAACCCUGGUCUUGAUCUUCUGGAGAGACUAUGGUAACUUUCUGGGGAACGUCAGACCCUUAAAAAUUAUGAUGGAAGCUGUGGACCUCUUCUCUGGAAAAAUACAAACUGCAUGUAGUUUCUGCGGUUCACAGACCAUCCUGAAGCUGUCCUUGAAGCCACAUUAAGAAUUCCCCAACUCAGCUGGGGCACCUGGGUGGCUCAGUCGGUUAAGCAGCCAACUUCAGCUCAGGUCAUAAUCUCACAGGUCGUGGGUUUGAGCCCCACGUCGGGUCUGAUACUGAAUAAAUUCCACACCUUUCUUUCCCCUUUUGUUCAUGGCCUUGUCAGUGAGCUGAGUGGGUGUGGCUAUUGCCAGGGCCCACGUCUUCAGCCCUGCGAGAGAGCAGAGGGGCAGAAUGCAUUUGAGACCUGAGUGGAGCUGGGAGGGCGUCCAGACUGAGUAAUGGAUCAGGAUUUUGACAAGCCUUCAAAGGCAGAGGCGCAGCUGGCCCCCACUCAGUCUUCACCCCACAAGCUGCGGGAGAGAGAAGGGGCAAGGCUGUAGGGCAGCGGUCCGGGGCAACAAGCCCAGGGCUGGAAAUGCCACCUGGCCAGCAGUCCCAGGCUUCAUGAGAACCCCGGUUUUUUGUAGGCCAGGCCCCUUACAGAAGUAGAGAAGGAGGCGGGGGGAGGGGGGGGCAGCAAGCGUGUGUGAAUGUGUAGGAGACCUGCUGUCAGGCCAGAGUAUCCUGAGAAUAGCUUCUUGAACUUGGAGGCUGUCAGCGAGGGUCUGAGUCACGGUCACAUGGCACAGGAGAAGCCGUACAGCUCCCAGGCCGUGAUUUUGUGGCCCUGGGAGGUGAGGGUCAGCCUGUUUUCCCGUGCCCUUCACAGGUUCAGCUGCCAGCUGCUGGGUUAGUUUCUCAACGGCCUGCUUGUUCCUCUCUCUGCCUGCCAGGCUGUGGGAUGAGUCAUCAGGGAACUGCAGAGGAGGCCCUUAGCCCGGCUGCCUCAGCCUCAGCUUCUCUGGGCCUGGGGAGCCCAGCAUGCUCAUGGAGGGGGAUCAGAGCCCCUGGCCAGCGGCCCAGCUAACCCCCAAGGUGAAAGGACGGCUCCUGGGGGAGAGGGGCCGCCCCCCAGCCUCUCUGGAGGGCUCUAGCUCACGAUGAGCCAUGUCAGACAGAGACAGCCCCGUGAGCCAACGCAGCCAGUUCUCAAAUAGCUGGGUGCCCCUGCAGCAACCACUGACAGCUUGGCCUCAUUUGUCUCAUUCCUCAGAUGGAACUUUCUCUUUAUCCCUGGUGCCCGGGAUCAUCCUGUCUCUGAAGGUCAUCCUCCGAUUCCCCCAUUCAGCCAACAUCGAUCGUCUCGUCUGUGCCCCGCCGUGCUAUACUCUGAGGGCACCAUUCCUGCCCUCAGGAGCCUUCUGACCAGGCAGGGCUGGCGAGCGUGAGCCUGGGAGAUGGCAGUGAUGGAAAUGGCCUGCCCAGGCGCCCCUGGUUCGGCGGCCGGGCAGAAGGAGCUCGCCAAGGCCAAGGAGAAGACACAGGCGAUGGGCAAGAAGCAAAACCCCGCCAACAAGCUCGAGGCCGUAGAGAAGAGCCCUGUGUUCUGCGGGAAGUGGGAUAUCCUGAACGAUGUGAUCACCAAAGGCACAGCCAAGGAAGGCUCCGAGGGAGGACUGGCCGCCAUCUCCAUCAUCGCGCAGGCCGAAUGUGAGAACAGCCAAGAGUUCAGCCCUACCUUUUCAGAGCGGAUUUUCAUCGCCGGGUCCAAACAGUACAGCCAGUCCGAGAGUCUCGAUCAGAUCCCCAACAAUGUGGCCCACGCAACCGAGGGCAAAAUGGCCCGUGUGUGUUGGAAGGGGAAGCGUCGCAGCAAAGCCCAGAAGAAACGCAAGAAGAAGAGCUCCAAGUCCCUGGCUCAGGCGGGAGCAGCCUUGGCCAAACCCCUCCCCAGAACCCCGGAGCAGGAGAGCUGCACUGUCCCCGUGCAGGAGGAUGAGUCCCCACUGGGCCCCCCAUAUGUGAGGAACGCCCUCCAGUUCACCAAGCCUCUAAAGGAGCCAGGCCUCGGCCAACUCUGUUUCAAGAAGCUCGAGGAGGGCCUGCGGCCGGCACUGCCUCGAUCAGAACUCCACAAACUGAUCAGCCCCUUGCAAUGUCUAAAUCACGUGUGGAAACUCCACCACCCCCAGGAUCUAGGCCCCCUGCCCCAGCCCGCUCACCCCUUCCCCUACAGCAGACUGCCCCAUCCCUUCCCGUUCCACCCUCUCCAGCCCUGGAAACCUCAUCCCUUAGAGUCCUUCUUCCUAGACAAACUGGCCUGUAUAGACAGCCAGCAGCCCCUGUCCGGCCCCCACCUGGGCAAACUGGCCUGUGUGGACGGUCAGAAGCCUGUGCCCGGCCCACACCUGGAGCCCGGCUGCCCGUCCCGGGGCCCGUAUGACAAGUUUUCUGUGGAGGAGUACAUGGUACACGCCCUGCAAGGCAGUGUGAGCUCAGGCCAGGCCCACAGCCUGGCCAGCCUGGCCAAGACCUGGUCGGCAGGAGGUUUCAAGCCCCAGAAGCCCAGCCCUGAAACGAUGGACAGCGAGGGGGUCCUGCUUACAGAGAAACUCAAGCCGGUGGAUUAUGAGUACCGAGAGGAGGUCCACUGGGCCACGCGCCAGCCCUGCCUGGGCAGAGGCUCCUUUGGAGAGGUGCACAGGAUGCAGGACAAGCAGACUGGCUUCCAGUGUGCAGUCAAAAAGGUGCGCAUCGAAGUGUUUCGGGCAGAGGAGUUGAUGGCAUGUGCAGGAUUGACCUCACCCAGAAUCGUCCCUCUGUAUGGAGCUGUGAAGGAAGGUCCUUGGGUCAACAUCUUCAUGGAACUCUUAGAAGGUGGCUCGCUGGGCCAGCUCAUAAAGCAGAAGGGCUGUCUGCCGGAGGACCGGGCCCUUUACUACCUAGGCCAGGCUCUGGAAGGGCUGGAGUACCUUCACACCCGAAGGAUUCUGCACGGAGAUAUCAAAGCUGACAAUGUGCUCCUGUCCAGCGAUGGGAGCCGUGCAGCCCUCUGUGACUUCGGCCAUGCUGUGUGCCUUCAACCCGAUGGCCUGGGGAAGUCCUUGCUCACGGGGGACUACAUCCCUGGCACAGAGACCCACAUGGCUCCAGAGGUGGUGAUGGGCAAGCCCUGUGAUGCCAAGGUGGACGUGUGGAGCAGCUGCUGUAUGAUGCUUCACAUGCUCAACGGCUGCCACCCUUGGACCCAGUACUUCAGAGGGCCACUGUGCCUCAAGAUUGCCAGCGAGCCGCCGCCUGUGAGGGAGAUCCCACCGUCCUGUGCCCCUCUCACGGCCCAGGCCAUCCAGGAGGGGCUAAGGAAAGAGCCUGGGCACCGCGCGUCUGCAGUGGAGCUGUGGAGGAAGGUCAGCCUGGCCCUGCAGCAUGUGGGAGGUCUGAGGAGCCCUUGGAGGGGAGAGUAUAAAGAGCCAAGACAUCCGCCGCCACACCAAGCCCAUCCGCCGCCCAGCCAAGGCCACUCUCCCCGGACGCCACAGGCCCAGCUGAGGGAGCUCUCACCUGGGGCUCCGGGGCCCCAGCCAACCGAGGACACGACAGGCGGGGCCCCUAAGCUCCAGCCUCCUCUACCCCCAGAACCCCCAGAGCGGAACAAGUCUCCAAGCCUGAACUGGGGCAAGGAGGAGUCUGGAACAUGGGAACCAUUACCUCUGUCCUCCCUGGACCCGGCCCCUGCCAAAAACCCCAGCUCGGCGGAGCGGAAGGCGACCUUCCCAGAACAGGAGCUGCAACAACUGGAAAUAGAACUAUUUCUGAACAGCCUGUCCCAGCCGUUUUCACUGGAGGAGCAGGAGCAGAUUCUCUCGUGCCUCAGCGUCGACAGCCUCUCUCUGUCAGACGACAGUGAGAAGAACCCGUCAAAGGCCUCUCAGAGCUCGCGGGACACCCUGAGUUCCGGUGUGCACUCAUGGAGCAGCCAGGCAGAGGCUCGCAGCUCCAGCUGGAACAUGGUGCUGGCACGGGGACGGCCCACCGACACUCCAAGCUAUUUCAAUGGUGUGAAAAUCCAAAUACAGUCUCUCAAUGGCGAACACCUGCACAUCCGGGAGUUUCACCGGGUCAAGGUGGGGGACAUCGCAACAGGCAUCAGCAGUCAGAUCCCAGCCGCAGCCUUCAGCUUGGUGACCAAGGACGGGCGGCCCGUGCGCUAUGACAUGGAGGUGCCAGACUCGGGCAUUGACCUGCAGUGCACCCUGGCCCCUGAUGGCAGCUUUGCCUGGAGCUGGAGGGUCAAGCAUGGCCACCUGGAGAACAGGCCCUAACCCAGCCUUCCACCACUGGCUCCGCUCCACCGGAAGCGGCCUGCCUUCUUGGUGUCAGUGCCGCCCCCGACACACGGGCUCAGCCUGCUCCCGGGGACCUGCCAUCCUGUGGCUUCACUGGUGGGACUAGGGGUGAGCAGAAUGCCUCCCAGGAUCUGCUGUGUCCUGCCUGACCCUGCCAAGAGAACGCCCGGUGCCCACGUGAGGAGGAGGAAGGAGGCAGGAGGCCACUCCCCAUGGGGAGCCAAAAGGGUCUUCUCUGCUCUGGUCCAAACAAGCUGGCCUGACCUGCUUAGAUCAGUGACCACUUGCUGGCAAUCAGGAUAGAGCAGCUUCCGGCCUGGGUCAGGGAGGGGUGGGCGAGCCCCUCGGCCUCCAAGCAGGUGUGAGGGUGUCGAGUGUCCCAGGACCCACACCCAGGUCCCAUGCAGGAGCGGGACGGCAGGCGUACCCACCCCCGGAUUAGCAGGGAGCCCUCUGACCCCCUUGCCUGGCCAUCGAACCCCCCUUUAGACCUAGCAGCUUUUCUGCCAGAGUCAGGGAGGGAGGAAGGCCGGACACUGGAAGUCUCCCAGGGAGAACACGCUCGUCAUGUUGUUGCAGCAUAGGUCCUGAGCCGAACUCCGCUUCAGCCAAGGACCAGAGGUGUCUUAAGUGAAAUGGUUCUCAGUCCCCAAGCACAUGUCCCUUUGCCGCCGGCCACCAGUCUUCCCCAGAGCAGCAGGCUCUGAGCCCCAGCACUGCUCCCGGCUGGCUGGCACUCAGCCCCCUCAUCUGUCAAAGUGAAGGGCGACGGGAGCCCUACCCGGCAGGAGCCGUCUGGAGCUGGGGUGUGGCAGAUGUGUGAGAAAGCAGCAGCCGCAGGCACCCCCCCAUCCACCCCACCCCACCCCCCAUUCCUCCCGGCCACGGCUUGGAACAUCAUGCACACCAGCUUCCUGAGACACAGCCCCGGCAUCACACUCACACCAGCCCCGCCCUGCCCCUCGUCCAGGGACAACUUGCCAACUGCACUUUGCACUCUGAUGACCUCAAAGCACUUUCACGGCUGCCCUCCAGGAGGGCAGGUCAGUGGCUCUGCACGCGCUAAAGCAGGCCAGGAGAUGGGAUGAAGGGAUUCAAGUCUUGACCUGUCUUUACACGCACGACCCCUCAAACCUCCGUUUUUCUUUAAGAUGAGCCCCACCCCCCACCCCGUUGCCCCAGCCCUGUCUUUUCGUCAGUGGGGGUGCUGAUCAGGACUCAUGUAGCAUUAAUCAACUGUGAAUCAUUGUGUGGGGGCCUGCCAGCCUCCGCUUCUGGGGGUGAGGGGUGGCCCCUGAGAUCCCUCCUUGGGAGAAGCUCGUCCCCGUGUCUUGCCAAGGCGGCGUCUGUCCAGCUAUCCACAUCGAGCCAUUCUCCUCCCCAUGGAGGGACCCCGAGCCCCCAGGACGUGAAGAUCUCCAGCCUUGGUACCGCAGAGUUCAGGUUGUAGAGAACUCUUUGUAAGCAAUAAAGUUUGGGGUG